UCAUGUGAUUGAGGGUUUUUUUUGUCUUGUCUCUGUCUCUUCCUCUGUGGUGGGGCCGUAUUUGCUGUCAUUGGUGACACUGGAUCACUUGGUAGAGCACAUUUCUGCCGUGUAGCCUCAUACACCUGCAUACAUCACAGGAUUACAUCAUGAGUGACUACGACCUCUUAGAAGGCUUUGGUGACCUAUUUAACCAAUCUGACAACUCGUCCAGUGGAGAAUAUUGCUGUGAAGGGGGUGAUGUCUGUGACCUGAAGGAGACCAUGUAUUUUGAGGCAGUGUUCAUCCCAGUUCUGUACUCUCUGGCAUUUGUUGUGGGUGUCCUGGGGAACGGGGUGCUGCUGGGAGUUCUGGUUCAGAGCAGGAAGUCCUGGAGUGUGACAGACACCUUCAUCCUCCACCUGGGUAUAGCAGAUGUGCUGCUGUUGGUGACGCUGCCCCUCUGGGCUGCACAGUCCGCUCAAGAAACUGGCUGGACCUUUGGCACUCCUCUCUGCAAGAUCACUGGAGCUGUUUUUACGAUCAACUUCUACUGUGGGAUCUUUCUGCUGGCCUGCAUCAGUCUGGACCGCUAUCUGUCCAUCGUCCAUGCUACCCAGAUGUACUCCCGCAGGAACCCCUGGGUCGUUCAGGUCAGCUGCUUGGCAGUGUGGCUCUUCUCCAUGUUCCUCUCUAUCCCUGACUGGAUCUUUUUGGAGUCGAUGACGGAUGUGAGACGGGAGAACAGAAAAGAAUGUGUUCCCAACUACAAUAAGUUUGCCUAUCAGUCAGUAAAUGACUAUCAGUCAGUAAAUGACUAUCAGUCAGUCAAUUACUCUCUGUCAGAAGGUGACUGGCAGUCAGUACAUGACUGGCAACUGGCAUCGCGGCUGCUCUAUCACAUUGUGGGGUUCCUGAUACCUUCAGCUGUCCUGAUCUUCUGCUACUCCUGCAUCUUGCGCCGUCUGCGAUGCGGCUCCCAGGGCCUCGAAAAGCAGAAAGCUUUUAGGGUCAUUGUGGCUGUGGUGGUGGUUUUCUUUAUCUGCUGGACGCCAUACAACAUCACACUCAUGGUGGACACACUUCACUCUGAAAAUAACAGCAUGACCUGUGGAGGGAGAACAUCUCUGGAGAAAGCCAGGGUAGUCACAUCCUCUCUAGGUUACCUCCACUGCAGCCUCAAUCCCAUCCUGUACGCCUUUGUGGGUGUGAAGUUCCGGCGUCAGCUCCUGAACAUCCUGAGGUCUUUAGGCUGCAAGCUGAAGUCAAGCGUCAAACUCCAGUCUACUGUCAGCAGGAGAAGCUCCAUUUGGUCUGAGUCUGCCGACACCUCCAACUCCAUUGCUAUCUGAGAGAGACACACAAACCUUAACAAGCUUACUGACUUAAAUUGACAUGGGGACAGAGACAUGUACAGCUGAGUGUCCAAUGCCUUGCUUUACAUUGCCUGUGUUAUAUAACCUUUCACAAGCUAUGUUUCCUUCAAUUUCCUUUAAUUCUUAGGGCAUUAGUAGCUGAAUGUGAACAUGAUCACUGUCUGGGACUUGAGGUCAUACACCUGUAGUUGUAGGCAGCAGAUCUAUGUUUCUUGUAUAGCAGAAUAUAUCUCCCUUUUCUGACUGCAAGACAACAUUGUAACAUAAAUAAAUAAGGGCAGCAUGUAAUACUGCAGUGAGUGUUAUUACUGUAUUAGACAUACAAACAUUGAAAUGACAAUUUUUAUACCACGAUUUUACUGUAUAUUGCAUUAUGUUUUUUGUAUUGUUGUGUUUUCUGUAUGAAAUGUUCAAAUAGAUAAUAAAACUGUAUUUUCUGAACCAUA